AUGUCGCAAGUCAUUUCGGAAGACCAGUAUGCACCUCUGUUUGCGCCAUUCUUUGGUUUCGCUGGAUGUGCGUUUGCUAUGAUCCUGUCGUGCUUCGGUGCUGCUAUCGGUACGGCUAAAUCUGGUAUCGGUAUUUCUGGUAUUGGUACGUUUAAGCCAGAGUUGAUUAUGAAAUCUCUAAUUCCUGUUGUUAUGAGUGGUAUAUUGGCCGUGUAUGGGCUUGUAGUAGCUGUUUUAAUUGCGGGUGGUUUGUCGCCUAGUGAAGACUACACCCUUUUUAACGGGUUUAUGCACUUGAGUUGUGGUCUUUGUGUGGGUUUUGCAUGCUUAAGCAGUGGUUAUGCAAUUGGUAUCGUGGGUGAUGUUGGUGUGAGAAAGUAUAUGCACCAACCCAGAUUAUUUGUCGGUAUAGUGUUGAUUCUAAUUUUCUCCGAAGUUUUGGGGCUAUACGGAAUGAUCGUGGCCUUGAUAUUGAAUACCAGAGGCUCUUCAAGUUGA